CUCACCCUCACAUACACUCCGUUCUUCCUGCAACUCUUCUCGGGAUCCUUGGAUCCCUUUCCUCCGCGACGGGCUCCCCACACAAAGCAGUCACCAUUUCCGCUCCCGGGAGACCCACGCUGGCAGCGCAGCCCCUUCCCCGACUCAGCAUCGGGAGGAAGACCCUGGUGGCGGCUGCCGUGGGGGUUAUGCUGGUCCUGGUGCUGGUGGUCCUCAUCCCCGUGCUCGUCAGCUCUGUGGGUACAGAUGCCAGCCACUAUGAGAUGCUGGGCACCUGUCGCAUGGUGUGUGACCCCUACCUGAACAAGGGAACGCCAGCCAGCAGCACCAGCUCCACCGGUCUACAGGCUGAGGCGGAGGCACUGAGCGACCACAGCAACGUGCUUCCACCCUCCACCUUACUGCAGGGCCCACAGGGGAAGCCUGGCAGGCCAGGCAAGCCCGGACCCCCUGGACCACCUGGACCACCAGGAGAACCAGGGCCACCGGGACCUGCUGGGCCUCCUGGUGACAGAGGGGAUCAGGGAAGGACUGGGGUUUUGGGUCUGGAGGGAAAUGGAGCUAUCAGCACAGCCACCUACAGCACUGUGCCUCGGGUGGCUUUCUAUGCAGGGCUUAAAAACCCCCACGAAGGCUACGAGAUCCUCAAGUUUGACGACGUGGUCACCAACCUGGGCAACAACUACGAUGGCAUUUCGGGCAAGUUCAUCUGCAGCAUCCCGGGCACAUACUUCUUCAUCUACCAUGUGCUGAUGCGAGGAGGAGACGGCACCAGCAUGUGGGCAGACCUCUGCAAGAAUGGCCAGGUCCGUGCCAGCGCCAUCGCCCAAGACGCUGACCAGAACUACGACUACGCCUCCAACAGCGUCAUCCUCCAUCUGGACGCGGGCGACGAGGUUUACAUCAAACUGGACGGAGGCAAAGCCCAUGGAGGCAACAACAACAAGUAUAGCACCUUCUCUGGCUUCAUCCUCUACGCAGACUGAGACACAGACAGACGCAGAGACGGUCAGACAGGAAGGGAUUGAGAGAAGGAGUUGUACGAUGAGGGUGGGGGGGGGAGGGGUGUGUAUGUGUGUUAACAGCCGGAAUCCUUUCUAGUUUUCCUAAUUCUCUCCAUCAUCACGAACACCUCUGCUUCGUAUCCAUCAGCCAAGACACCCAGACUCUGUAGCCAAGUCUGGAUGCAAAGCUCCCCCGAGGGCACACUGGGAAGGGCCAGGUGGGCGGCGUGGGGAGGAAGCGGGCUGGAUUUUCUGCACUCCUAGACGUAACGCCGAC